CACCUUUGUAGGUGACCUUGAUCGUGCUACGACAGCGACCUUUUCGAUUCACAGUAUAAUUGAGGCAUGACGAGAUGGCGAACACAGCUGAGAAAACCACACUUUCAGAUGACGUCGAGAAAGAGGCAGUCGUUGUGGACCAGUCCUCGCCCAUAUCCAAGAUAGCGAAAGGAAUCGACGAGAAGUUACUGAAGCAUUCGCACGAUGCGGACGCAGCGAUGAAAGCCUUCGAGGGCAUAGAGGGACAGGUCGUCGAGUUGACCGAGGAGAAGAGCAGGGCAUUGCUGCGGAAGAUUGAUUGGCAUUUGAUGCCCAUCAUGUGCGUCGUCUACGGGCUGAAUUAUCUCGACAAGACCACCCUCAGCUAUGCGAGCAUCAUGGGUCUGAGACUCCCGCCUUCCGAAAACAAGCUGAAAUCUGGAAUCAAUUUGACGGGCGAUCAGUACCAGUGGCUGGGUUCCAUGUUCUAUUUUGGCUAUAUUGCGUGGGAGUAUCCUACCACCCGACUGCUGCAAGUCUUACCAUUGGGGAAAUACUCGGCGUUCAACAUCAUCGCGUGGGGCUUAGUCCUAAGCUGCUUCGCGGCAGUCGAGAACUACGCUGGCGCAAUUGCUAUCCGCUUCUUCUUAGGACUGCUCGAAAGUGCCGUCACACCAGGCUUCGCGUUGUUCACGUCGCAAUGGUACACUAAGAAGGAGCAAGGUACUAGAACGGCUAUCUGGUUCAGUUUCAACGGAUGGGCGCAGAUCUUUGGCGGCUGUCUUGCAUACGGUAUUGCAGUGGGCUGCCGCAAGUCCGGAACUGUCAUUGAGCCGUGGAAAAUCGUAUUCCUCGUAACUGGGCUCCUGACCACUACUCUUGGCGUUGUGUUUCUGUGGAUUGUGCCAGACAACCAACUGAACUGUCGCUGGCUAAGCAAGGAGGAUCGGAUUCUAGCUAUUGAGCGUAUUCGAGUGAACGCCCAGGGUGUGGGCAACAAGCACUUCAAGUUCUACCAGAUGAAGGAGGCAUUGCUUGAUCCCUUGAGCUGGGCUUUUUUCUUCUUCGCGCUAAUCGCUGAUAUUCCGAACGGUGGCAUAUCGAAUUUCUUCUCCCAACUCAUCGUUGGCUUCGGCUACACGCCUGAGCAAUCGCUCCUAUACGGUACACCAGGCGGAGCUGUCGAAGUGGUGUUUCUCAUCGCUUGCGGCUGGGCAGGCGACAAGUACGGCUAUCGUAUCCUCAUCUCGAUGAUCGGUCUCUGUACCGCUAUUCUCGGCAUGGUUCUCAUCGUAGCUCUCCCCUUGAGCAACAACUCCGGCCGUCUGGCGGGAUACUACUUGACGCAAGCCAGUCCGACGCCGUUCGUAGCGCUGCUAAGCUUAAUCUCAAGUAACGUUGCGGGCUACACGAAGAAAACGACCGUAGCUGCCAUGUACCUCAUUGGGUACUGUACUGGCAACAUCAUCGGUCCCCAAACUUUCCGUCCCAAACAUGCGCCUAGAUAUGUUCCUGCGGAAAUCACCAUCAUCGUGUGUUGGUCUGUUUGCUUGGGUAUUUUGACUUUUAUCCAUUGCUACUGCGUUCGGCAGAAUAAGAUCAAGGCGCAGAUUAGAGCUUCGGCAGAGUAUGAGAGGCUUGAAAAUCAGGAGUGGUUGGAUCUUACUGAUAAGGAGAAUCCGGAGUUUAUAUACACUCUCUGAGUGAAUUGUAGCAUUUCUUGAGUCCGUUGAGACAUAGUCGUCGCGAAUACAUGACAUCUAAUCUAAAUGACAUGCCAAUUCUAGUUGUCGU